UACAAAGUUAUUAAGGGAAAAAAAUUUUUGUUUAAUCAUUUCUAAAAAUGAGGAAAUGCUUUGCUUUGAUGAUCUUCCUCGCUUCUUUUCUUCUUCGUGUCCUUCAAAACCUCGAACUUGUUCAUGCCGUCGGGUGUGCCGGAAGCUUAUUCAACGUUAACAGCACUUACGCUCAGAAUCGUCACAAUCUCUUCUCUACUCUUGCUUCAAAAGUCGUUGCCAACGGUAGAUUAUACAACGAUUCACUCGGCCAAAAUCCCAAUAGAGUUCACGCUCUUGUAUUCUGCACAAGAGGCGACGAGCAAGCUUGUAUUAGUUGUGUCCAAAAAGUAACACAGAAUAUACAAACGAGCUGUCCAAAUCGCAUGGAUUCGUUCCAGUGGAACAAUGACGAUGUAGAUGACCAAGUUUCUUGUCUUGUACGUUCCUCAAACCACACAACUUUCCAGAACCUCGAGCUUCGACCUGCCGUCAUUCACCCAAGUCCAGAUAGUAUCGAACCAUCCAAGAACACGACCCUUUUCAGUAAGCAGUGGGAAGCAACGGUCAAUCGGACUAUCCAGGUUGCCACGGAAGCUAAUACUUCCUCGCUACUUCAGUACAUUGGUGCUGUAAAGGCCGAGUUCACGGAGUUUCCAAAUGUAUACAUGUUGAUGCAAUGCACGCCCGACAUAACUUCUCGAGAGUGCAUGAUAUGUUUGGAAAACUGCGUGGCUUAUUUUAAAACACAGUUUUGGGGAAGACAAGGAGGCUCGGUUAGUCGCCCGAGCUGUCUUUUCAGGUGGGAUCUAUAUCGUUUCCAUGGUGCCUUUGAUAAUGUAACAAUAUUUCAUGCACCUCCUCGAGUUCAGCCACCUGAAAAUGACAAGAAAGGAAAAGGCAUUAGGUUGGGUGGAAUUAUCGCGAUAACUGUGCCUGCUUUCAUUACUCUUUUGGUCUUUAUUGGUCUCAUAAAAUUCUAUGUUCGGAGGAGAAAAUUCAACAAGGGAAUAUAUGGUAAGGUUGGUAGAGCAGAGUACUCCGAUUCGGACUGUCAAUAUAUGCUACGGUUUGAUCUUGGUAUGAUCUUAAUGGCAACCGAUGAAUUUUCGUCUGAAAACAAGCUAGGCCAAGGUGGAUUUGGUACGGUCUAUAAGGGGAUAUUACUAAACGGGAGAGAGAUAGCAGUGAAAAGAUUAACCAGAGGUUCAGAAGAAGGAUGCAUGGAGUUUAAGAAUGAGGUUUCACUCUUGACAAGACUCCAACAUAAGAAUUUGGUUAAGCUUCUUGGUUUCUGUCAUGAAAGAGAUGAAGAGAUUCUUGUCUACGAGUUUGUCCCCAACUCAAGUCUUGACCACUUUAUCUUCGAUGAAGAGAAGCGUUCGCUUCUUACAUGGGAGGUGAGAUUCAAAAUUAUAGAAGGUGUUGCUCGAGGUCUUGUUUAUCUCCAUGAAGACUCUCAGCUGAAGAUUAUUCACCGAGAUUUGAAGGCAAGCAACAUCCUUUUAGAUGCAGAGAUGAAUCCUAAAGUUGCAGAUUUUGGGACGGCUAGGUUGUUCGACACUAAUGAGACUCGAGCUGAAACAAAACGAAUAGCUGGAACUCGUGGAUAUAUGGCUCCCGAAUACCUGAGUUACGGGCAAAUCUCAGUUAAAUCUGAUGUAUAUAGCUUCGGUGUUAUGCUUCUAGAGAUGAUAUGUGGUAAAAGAAACAAUAGCUUUGAAGGAGAAGGAAUUGCAGCUUUUGCAUGGAAGAGAUGGGAUGAAGGAAGGCCUGAGAUUAUAAUUGAUCCAUUCUUGGUAGAGAAGCCGAGUAACGAGAUUAUUAAGUUGAUCCAGAUUGGUUUGUUGUGUGUUCAUGAGAAUGCAACAAAGAGACCAACCAUGAGGUCUUUAAUAAUUUGGCUCAGCCGUGAGACUAUUAGCAUCCCUUUACCUAAGGAUCUUGCUUUCACAAGGAAUGAAUCUCAAUCUGAAGAUGGUACAAUGUCAAUGAGCAGUGUCUUCACAAAGUUGAGUUCACGUUGAGUUAUAAUUUUAUUAAUCAAGCGAUGGUGUUUUUAGGUUAAUACCAUGUAUUGUAAUUGUAUUGAUUGAGAAUGAGCGUAGUAAAAAGUGUGAGGAAAUACAAUCGUAGGUUCUAUAAAGCUGUACAAAGGAUGUAUGUUAAUAACUAUAAUGCAUACGAAGUUGAUUACAUGUCUUCUUUUAUAUAAUAUCAAUAAUAUUAACAGAGAAUAAAACAUUCAUUAAUAGUAGAAUAUUCUUUUGGUUUUUGGGAUUUAACUACAUUUAAGCUAACAAUAAAAUUGACCAAAUUAAUUAUACUUUACUCCACACUAAUGGGUCAGUAUGGUAUUUUACCAAAUACAAGAGCGGUUAUUUAAUAUUUAUUCAUUUCGAAUUUUGAAUCAAAUCACAAAGAAUAAAUAUUUAUUCUAAACAUGGACUAAGUAAACAUACUAAAAAUGUACUAAAAUUUUUAUACUACUUAACAACUUAUCUAUGUUUAGAAUAAAUAUUUUUUGGACCAUUUCAUUAGACUUAACUAUUAAAAGGGAAGGAUUCUCAAAAAAUCUACUUAAACAAGGUUAUUGGACCAUUUCAUUAGACUUAACUAUUUUUUGGUCUUACCUUAUAUUUUUCUAACUAUAUAAAUAUUUUACAUAAUUUAAAUGAACUCAUUUCUUAUUCUCCCAUAAUCUACUAUAUAAUUACCCUAACAAUAAAUUUCCAUGAAUUUAGGACAUAUUAUUCACAUUUUUACACAUGACGUGAUCAUUACCACAUAUAGUUCUACUAAUAGUAUAAAAUUUACAAUGGUUUAGUUAUGUUUAAUAGGUAUAUAAUUUAUAUUUUAAAAAUUUAUGUAUUCAUUUGGUUCUCAGUUCGGUUUCUAUUUUUUUGGUUCCAAAGAUAUAGGAUAUGCUCAGUUAUUUAUGAAAUUCAUCUUAAACUUGAUUUUUUUUUUAAGUUUGGUACGUUUCAAUGUAUUCGGGUAAAUGUACUCAACCCUAUAAAAUAUCUUAUAUAGAAUUUAUAUUAAAAGAAUUUAUUUUAUUUCAAAAAUAAACUCGUGCUUUCUAAACUUAGAUCAAAAUCUAAUACAUCUUUAUGAAUCAUCAUUUUUGGAUCUAUCUAUUAAUUAUCAUUUCCUUAUGAAUCAACACAUGUUCUACGGGUGUAUUAUAUCUAAUAUAAUUAUUUUAAGAAAAUUGAAAAUGUAACCCGAGCAGAUUCAGAUCUAGUUAAUGCUUAAUAUGAUUUGUGGUUGCAUGGACUAGUUAUUAAUGCAUACUUGAAUGUGCUUACCCAGUGAGAAUUGAUGUUAAUUGUAUGAUUAGUAUAAGGAUUAAAAUUAGGAAGUGGGUUAAUCUAAUUGUUUGUUUCUAGACUUAAGGAUUUACAUUUGAAUGUUUGACUAACAUCCUAGAUGACCAUUAGAUCACCUAAUCAAUUGUGAAACUCCAUAAGUCUAUUUUUAAAUAUUAAUUAAAGCUUAUUUAUUUUUUUAGUAAUUGAUCGAGAUUGAGUUCAUUUGCUUAUUUUCUGUUUUAUUACUUCAGAAAUCCAUCUUUGACUUAGAUUAAUUAUGAAUUUGCAUUCUUUUGUUCUUGAAAUACUUAGGUGUGAUUGACACAUUAACUGUUACAAUUACAUUGUUGUGGCUGACAAAAAAGUACAUUGUUGUGCUUACAACUUAAGUGAUUAAGGAAUACAACUUUUUCCACAGACGCCGCCAGCUACUGGAGAAAAAAUCCAACGAGAAAAGCGAGAUUGAAGAUGUAAGAUGUCCGCUCUAAAGUAGUCGCUGACGUAGUUGCUGAAGCAGACGAGUCAAGGUGCUGAGCUGGAGCCGUAUAGAUUUGGAGAGCAAGAGAGUAUCUUGGAGAUAAGGAAAGAGGAAUAAACUUGAGGAGUAAGUUUAUGACUUAAAGAAAGAGGAAUAAGUGCAUUCUAAGAAAAAGAAAGUUGCACUUAUUGUUAUGGAAGAUGUCCAUACAUGUUGCCUUGGAGACUAGGGUUUCAAGAACGUGGAGAAUAACUAUAAGAUACUUAUGAGGUCGUCUGUAUAGACACAGAGACACCGAGGCUGAUCUUAUAGAGAGAGAUAAGCUCUUGGAAGUGUUCUUGGGUCGUGCUGAAUCAGUUGCCGAAGUACUUGACGAAAGAGAGACAUGGUUGGGUAGAUUAGGAAUUCUUCAGUAGCGUGUGUUAGGACAUUACCACUAGACGUGUAAAAGCUGAAUAAACAAGGUCUUGUAAUAGAUUGUUUCAUGAGAUUUCUAAUACAAGCAUAAGUGUUGCUUGUAGUUAUUUUGUCUCUUGGUUUACUUUCUCCAGUAAUAUACUGUAGUGUCAUCUUGCACCUACAAGUGGUAUCAGAGUGGGGCACCUAAGUUAUCGGUGUAAUCCUGAAGGUGAAGAUGGUCACGAUUGUUUUGAUGCAGAAGGAAAUCAUGUUGAACGCAGACCAGUAUGGUCAUUGGAAGGCUUGCAUGAAGCAGAUAAUUCGAGGAAUCAAUGAAUAUGUGUGGACAGCUGUAGAAAUUUGUUGGGAGGAGCCUACCAUAGUCACAGGAGAUGAGAAGAAGCCUAAGCCAAAAGAGGAUUGGUCAGAGGCAGAACGCAAUGCACCUAAGUUUAAUGCAAAGGCAUUGUCGGUGAUUUUUGGAGCGGUUUAAGCAUAACAGUUCUAGCUGAUUCAGGGGAGUACUUCAGCUAAAGAGGCGUGGGACAUCUGAAUUCAUUUGAAGGAGAUGAGAGUGUCAAGAUGACACGUCUCGAUCAUCUUCGGUCGCAGUUUGAGAAUCUUAGGUGCUCUAACAAUGAUUCUAUGGCAAGCUUCAGUGCCAAACUCAGUGCUAUGGCGCAUGAAGCAUGUGUACUUGGGAAGAAGUACAAGGAGAAAAAGCUGUUAAAGAAGUUACUACGCUGUCUUCCAACGAAGUUUGGAGCUCACAAGGCGGUUCUGCAGAUGACUACAAACACGGAUGAGCUCAAGUUUGAUAAGCUUGUGGGAAUGCUGAAGGCAUAAGAGAUGGAGACAGACAGUAGUUCAGUCUCUACGUCAGCUGGUGCAUAAAGGAGUACAUCGCUUGUUGCUGACAAAGAUGGAGAUAGAUCUUUGCAUUUUGAAGAUGCAAUGGGUAUGUUUUCUAGGAAUAUUGGUAAGAGGAUGAAUCCCUCUGGUGGGAGGAAUCAGUAUGGUCGCCAAGGAGGUGGUCACGACAGUUCAGAAGAAGAGAAGGUCUCAAGUGCUACGAGUGUUAAGGAGUUGGUCAUGUGAGGACUGGCUGUCAUGUUGAACAACAAAGGGAACUCAAGUGCCCUGAGUGUAGAGGUGUUGGACACACAGCGUGAAUGUCCAAACUCAAAAAAAGAGAAAAGGAGUUUCAUUGGAGUCGUCUUAUGAUUCAGAAUCUGAAGAAAAUGGAAAGGUGGUGAGAAAUCUUGUUGCAUUUGGUGCACACAAGGAGGAAUCAGAUUCAAAUGUUGGUCAGACGAUGAGGAGUAUCACGUCAUGUACAACAAGUGGUUGAAUCUCAAAGAUCAGAACUGAGACGGGAGGAUAUGACUCAUAAGCUAAUAUAGAUGCUAAAAGAAGCCAAUGAAGAAUAUGCGGCUAUGAAAGAGAAGAAUGUCUCUGGAGCAGGAGGUUAGCAAACUGAGAGAGGUUGCUAUUGAUGAAUGAGAAAGAGCAAGGAUGCUGGAACGUGAUUUGGCCGACAAUCGCAAACAGAUUAGGAUGCUCAACAGCGGACUUGGAUAAUAUACUCUCGAUGGGACAACCAGCCAAGGCGAAUUGGGAACUGGGAUACCGAGGAGCUGAGAGUACUGACGUACAUCACAAGGGGCUGUCACACUUCGUGCAGGGAAGCACAUCAAAAAGUGGAGCCGAAGAAGUUUGUCAUGAAGUACGAUAAGGAGUAAGACAGGAAGUUCUACAGCGCGUAGCUAUGAGUAACAAGCUGAAAGUAGUACAUCAGUGCAACAACAUGAAGGUCAGAUAGGAGGUUCUGAAGCAUGGUUGUGGAGCUGGUACAAGGAAGGAGACUGAUCGGUGCAUCAGCAACUAUGCAGGCCAAGCAAGAAGCAAAAUCAGAUGUGUUGUUGGUUAUGUGGGAAGGUUGGACACAAGAAGGUGAACUUUUUUGCUCGUGAGAAGAGCAAAAAAAUGGCCAAGAAGGUGAAGAAGACGCUCAUUAAAUCAAAGAAGGUUGAAGAGGUGCUCUUAGCCAAGAGUGACUUACUUGAUGAGGUCAAGGAAGAGACGUCAUAAGAAGGGUGCAGCUCUGUUAAAAGUGAUCUUGAGGUUGAUCAAGAAGCAUCAAGCAUGGAGCCAGGAAACGAGGUUGCUUGUGGGACAAAAGGGAAGGAGAUCGAAGUUCGUCAGGAAGUGAUGUGAGAUGAUCUUCAGGAGGGUGAUAGUGAAAUCACUCCAAGAAAAUAACAACGAGUGCAUAGUGCACUCGGUGUGGAUGGGGAAGGGCUCAUGGUCAAGAAGACGACACAUGACAGAAGCAAGGUCCUCAACAGAAGCUGGUGGAAGGGUAGUUCGACAUGUGCGUUAGAUCGUGAUGCAAUACUUGUUAUUCCGCUGCAGCAGGGGCUGUGUUAUGAUUAUACAUGAAGAAACGGACGGAUGGGUCUGUAAGACUUGACAUCUAAGCAUCUGUGUUUUAGCUUAGUAUGCAAUCAAGCAGGGGGAGAAUGGUGAUGUUCUGGUCCAGAGUAUGCAUAUCUCAUGGGGGAGAAAAGCAUGGUGUGGUACACAUCUCGUGGGGAAGAAAAACACAUUUGGUGUGGAAGUUUCCAGGUGAGGAACAUGGUUGCAACGUGGUUGAUAAAUCAGAAGAUUGUUAUGCUUGAUCGUCACACAAAGCUAAAAGGGGGAGAUUGAAGAUUUAAGAUGUCUACCCUGAAGUACUCACUGACGUAGUUGCUAAAGUAGACGUCGUGGUGAGUGGUGAAGACCAUGUGGAGUCAGGGUGCUGAGCUGAAAUCGUGUAGAUUUGUAGAGCAAAAGAGUAUCUUGGAAAUAAGGAAAGAUGAAUAAACUUGAGGAGCAAGUUUAGGACUUAAAGGAAGAGGAAUAAGUGCAUUACAAGAAAUGGAAAGUUGCAUUUAAUGUUAUGGAAUAUGUUCAUAUCCAUGUUGCCUUGGAAACUAGGGUUUCAGGAACGUGGUGAAUAAUAUAAGAUAGAUAUGGGUCGUAUGUAGAGAGACAGAGACACAGAGGCUGAUAUUAUAUAGAGAGAAAAGCUCCUGGAAGUGUUUUGGGUCGUGCUGAAGCAGUGGCUGAAAUAAUUGAUGGAAGAGAGACAUAAGCGGGUAGCUUAAGAUUCUUUCAGUAUCGUGUGUUAGGAUAUUAACACUAGACGUGUAAAGCUGAAUAAACAAGGUUUUGUAAUAUAUUGUUUAAAGGAAAUUCUAAUAAAUCAUAGUGUGUUGCUUGUAAUUGUUUUGUCUUUUGGUUUAGUUUCAGCAGUAUUAUUGUAGUGUCAUCUUGCACUAACAAAUUUGAGGUACAUCAAUACACAUAGAAUAAAUUCAAAAGAUGUUCGAAAAUUGGUAGACAAAAAAAUUCAGUGUAGUCAUAGUUAAGGAUUGGGGAAGAGGAUGACUAGAUGUAAAGAUAGAGAUUCGUGAGGUAUUGGCUUGGUUUAAGCUUUGUUUACUUCUUUUAUCUGCGGGCGAUCCCUUGCUACCUUAACUGAAAUAUCCACAAAUCUUUUCAACAAAAUUGGCAGGAAUGGCUUGUUAAACCCACCCAGAUGACUCAAGAUAAGUUGGAAUGGACCACAACUUAAGUCGUAGAAAACAUGGUCAACGAAGCUGCAAUAGAAAUUUCGAUUAAUAUUGGGUAUCUUCUUCUUAAGUUUCAAUUUCUGAUCCAUAAAAGUAGAAACUAAAACGCAAAACUAAUAUAAAUAUAUAAAAUAUGAAAUAUAAACUCAGAAGAAGUCUUAGUCUUUUUUUUUUUUGGUUUUCCAUAAAAGUAAAAAGGUGCUUCCUAUUGCUUUGUUUUGGACUGGUGAAUCCAUGGUGCUUCCUUUAGAAUGCAUGCAACUAGACAUAUAAUAUACAUUCUUUUUCUAAACAGCCCAUUGUUUGUGGUGGACAUAUACAUUAUGACAAAACGUAAAAAAUUUAAUUACUAUAUUGCAUGGUGUUGAAGGACAAACUAAUAUAAAUAUAUAAAAUAUGAAAUAUAAACUCAGAAAAGGUCUUAGUCUUUCUUUUUUUUUGGUAUUCCAUGAAAGUAACAAGAUGCUUCCUAUUGCUUUGUUUUUUGUCCGGUGAAGUCGAUGGUGCUUCCUCUAGAAUGCAUGCAACUAUGACAUAAAAUAUACAUUUUUUUCUAAAGCACUAAUGCAUGUAUCACAUCAUAACUCUGCAGUUAAACAUGUGCUUGGACGAGAGAAUAGUACUAUAACAGAUAAUCUUUCGGAAAGUCUUUGUGUUGCACUUUUUUAAUAAAACUCUACAGUUAAGUAUGCUUAGUAUAAGUUUCAUCAGAACUCUGCAGUUAAGCAUGUUUGGAGUAGGCUCUAUUGUAUCCUUAGGAUAGUUUACGCCACAUCAUCGAUAUUAGCAUCGGCCGAUCUCGGAUAUGGAGAAUUCAUUUGGGGCGAAAGCCUAGACACCUCAUGGUUUACAAGAAAAAAAAAACAGUCCAUAGUUUUUAGACAUAUACAUUAUGACAAAACACACAAAUCUUUACGUACUAUAAUACAUGUUGUUAACGGAAAAAAUAAUAUACAUAAUAUACAACAGUUAGUUUACAUUAUUGGCAAUAAACUAACCUUACAUUAUCAAAAUCAUCCGAACAACUAGCUUCGAUAUACCACAUGUACUAAUUUCUUAGCUAAGACAUUUAACUUGAAACAUUUAUCUAGAUUGAUUGCACUUCAAAUGAAAACAAUCCCAUGAAUUUUAUUUGAAAAUUGACUUUUUAGGUAUUUUUACCACAAUCAUUCUAAAAAAACUGACAGGACCUAUUUACAGGACCUAUUAAAAAUGGUGAAAAGGCCUAUUAAAAAUGGUGACAUAUAUUCUAUCUAAUUAUAACAUGGCUUAAUAAAAUUAUGACACAAAUUUCAGUUGUAAAUAUUCAAAUAUAAAAAAUAACUAUAUGGUAAUUACCAUAAUUAAAAAUUGUAAGCAAAAUAAUUUAUAUCUUAGAUAAAAUUUAUUAUAACUGUAACACUAAACAAGUUAAUAAAAAUAUUAGUUUAUUUUAUUAGUAUUUUAUAUAAUUUAAAUGUUUCUAAUGAGAAAUCAUCCAAAUAUAGUAAAAAUGUAACAAUAUAUUUCAUUUUUAUACAUAUAUUUUCAUGAUUAAAUUGUUCUAAAUACUGUUUAUGUUUUUUCUUUUUUAAAAUAUAGUAUACACAUGAUACUAUAAUUAAGAGAUAAAAUACCAUAAUAUAAAUUAUCAUAUGUAUAUAAAUUAUCAUAUGUAAAUGGGCUUUUUUCAAAUAUGACUCAAAACAAAAAGUCAAACACAAAACUAACCCAUGAUUUUUUUGGAACUUUCAUUUGCUAAUUUUACUCCAGAAUUUUGGAUUAUUUACGAAAAUACCAUUACUUUUUUUUUUUUUGAAAUGAGUGUUUUACUCUAACAUCAUCGUCUUCAUCAGGUAUUUACAAUAUUUUAAUUGCCACCAAUCCACCAUGAACAACCAAUUUGAAGCUCUUAAUGCAUCCAAGUGCAAUUUGAAACUACAUCUCUUUCACUUUCUCUCUAUAUUCAUCAAAAAAAACUCAAGAUUAUGAUCCUAAACUUUGUAAGGUUCAAACUCAUGAUUCUUGGUCAUUAACAAGCGGGUCUGUUUCGUGGUGAAGUUAUGUGUGAUAGGAAAAGCUAAUCAAGUAAUCUAAUUUGUUGAAAGUACGAAGUUGAUUUCUUUUUUUGGGAAAUGACUUAAUGACCUAUUUCUCCACCAGAAGCAUCAUAUAGUAACCAAUCCACACUAUCUUUCAUGUUCGUCCUAAUUGCACACAUUUUAAGUAUAUAAACUUAUUUACCCCCAUUUUCAAAGAUCAAAACCCAAAUCCACAUAACCGUUGGUUUUCUUGGUUUACAUCAUAACUGAAUACCAAACUAAAUUAAUAACCCAAAUCCAAAGAGAACCAAAUCCGAAUAAAACCAAACCAAACCAAACCAAACUAAAAUUCAAUUCAUAAAUGACCCAAUUUCAUGUUCUUCUUCCUCUCAUCAUCGCCAUUUUUUAACAACCACCUUUAUUAAAUGAAAUUGUAUACAUGAAAUUAAUUAACCAAACAGGAGGAAAAUUAUAUAAAAAAAUCAGCAAUUUGAAUGUUGCAGAGCCUUUUUCACAAGCGUACGGCUAUACCUCUGCUGCGAGGAGGUGGGGAUGCUAUGUAUCUGCAGCGGCGCUAAUCCGGAGUUCUCUUAGAGGUUGAAUGAUGUUGGUGGAGUAUAUAUGUUGUUUCUUCUCUAAUUUCCGUAACUGAACCGACGAUUGAGACGGUGGUGGUGACGGUUGUUUCUUCUUCUGUUUAUGUAGCGAUUGAUCAUAACCAGUGCUCAUCGGAAAAAUGGACUCCAUGUCAAAUCCUCUGUUUCACCCAACCAAGACGUUUCAGAAGACAGAUUUAAUUAAGGACUGGAGUUGACAUAUUAGUUUUUUAUUUUCAUAUUGAUAUGGUCGGUGAAGAAGAUGGAGAUCGGGUCGGGUUACGGAAGACAUUGUUAAUUAUGGUUUGGUAUUUUUGAAAUUUAAUCUGAUUAAAUUGAGUUAAUUUAAUUUAAAACUAGGUUUAAAAGUGUAUUAACUGGUCUAAUACUAAUUGGUUAAAAAAACAGGUUAAAACUCAAAUUGAGAAAUAGUAAACCUUUCUAAACCGGCUCAGUGUCGGUUUUAGUUCUCAUCUAAAACAUUUUGUAGAUUUGGGUUUCGAUCAUUGAAAAUAA